AUGCCGCAAAUGUAUUUGGAUUCGGUGUAUUUAUCACCGGGAAUGAUGGAAAUUGUUAUCAAAGGGAUGAACGAACCCAACGACCAUGGAUUACGAAGUAGCUCACAAAGUUUUAGCAAGAACACCAGUAAUCAAAAUGCAACGAAAAGUCAUCAUUCUUCGAUUCUAAAUCCUGAGAUAAGGCCUGAAAGCAGAAAUUCUUCGUUACGAGUCAACCCAAAUUUACAAAAUCAGACAAGGAACAGUCAUGAAAGUAAAAGUUCCCACAGAUCUAUCUUAUCCACCAUACAGAACGUGUUUAGAAAUAGUCGAGAGAAUAGAUCACGUGAGGAGGUCAACAGAACAAGAUUGGAGGAUCCAAACGACAUCUAUUGCUUCAGGUAUAGUAGCAUGGAAAAUGACGAGGAUGUAUACAUGUUCCCCAAAAUACCGGAACGUUCUGCGGUUACCAUAUUUAACAACGGUCACUAA